UCAAUGUUGACCGAUCAACGACUGCUCUGUUCUGUGCUAUAAACCAUUCGUCGCCGGCUCGCCAUUCUCCUUUUCGAUCGAGAAACCGUUCCGACGAUGAUCUUCGAUCUCUCCGAUUCAACCGUCCGGCUUACUAAUUCUACAUCUAAGUGGAUCAGAGAAGAAUUUUGAAUCUUCGAUUCAUUUGAUUGCAACUGUUUUCCUCUCUAGGGCGACCCGAUUUUGGUGGAAACCACGGCUGAUCGCUGAAUUGAGGCGCACAUGGUCGAGGGAGAAAUGAAUUGAUUGAUUGCAAUUGCAUUAUUAGUAGAGAGAUGAACGCAAGCAACGCGUCAGUUCAACCGGUGGAAGAAACUCCGACGACAGAUGGUGGAGACGCGCCGAUAGUGAGAAUGAAGGACAUAGAGGGCAUGCCCGGAACUCGCGGUGGUCUAGCUCUUCGCUGCUUCCAGUUUGGGUUUGCAGUUGCCGCGUUUGCUGUCAUGGCCGCCUCGAGCGACUUUCCUUCCGUUUCUGCGUUUAGCUACCUUGUCGCCGCUGCUGGUUUGCAGGGUUUGUGGAGCCUUUCCCUGGCAGUUAUUGACAUUUAUGCUCUUCUAGUGAAGCGCUCCUUGCAAAAUCGUCCAAUUGUUAGCUUUUUUGCUGUUGGCGAUGGGGUCACCACCACUCUCACAUUUGCUGCAGCAUGUGCUUGUGCGGGGAUCACAGUCCUAAUAAAUAACGACCUUGACCUCUGUUCGGUGAACGACUGUGUGCAGCUUCAAUCUGCAACUGCAAUGGCAUUCCUCUGCUGGUUCAUCACAUUACCUUCCUUUUUCUUCAACUUCUGGUCGCUGGCAUCGCGAUAAUUCACUUACAGGAAAGACAUUCAAACAAACACGAACAAAACCGUCAGUAAAUAUCCCUUCCCUUAGUAUUAAUUUUUCAUUUUUCCUUUGUAUUGUCAGUUUUGUUGGGAUAUACUAGGCUGAUAUGAAUGACAUUAUUGAGUCGAUCCUGUUCUUUCAUUGUUUAUGAUAUACUAUGGCGAUACCAUAUAUGUUCAUAUUACAAUAUAGUUUAAUGUUCUUUCAUUGGUUAUGAUAUUAUUCUGAGGAAUGUAGAAUCCAAUGUUGUUGUCUGAAAGAGUAAAUUUUUCCCUCUCCCUCUUUAUGUCCAGUAUACUAAUUGAAAAUGGGAACGUUUGUCA